AUGAGUUCUGAAUAUGCCCAAACCCGCCAUAAUGCAGGCUUUUGGUUCGUCGAACGCCUUGCAGAACAAUAUGGUAUUACAUUAAAAACUGAUUCAAAAUAUAAAGGAAUCAGUGGUCGUGGUAAUAUUGAAGGACAAGAUGUUCGUCUACUAUUGCCCACAACAUUUAUGAACCUUUCUGGUCAAAGUGUUGUUCCCUUUGCAAAAUUCUACCAAAUUAAACCAGAAGAAAUUCUCAUCGCUCAUGAUGAACUGGAUAUGAAUCCGGGCGUCAUUCGUUUAAAAACUGGCGGUGGACAUGGUGGUCACAAUGGUCUACGUGACAUUGUUCCUCAUAUUGGUUCUAAUUUUCAUCGCUUACGUAUUGGCAUUGGUCAUCCCGGCGCUAAAGAAAAAGUUUCAGGACAUGUACUUGGUAAAGCACCAAGCAGUGAACAGACUUUAAUGGAUGAUGCAAUACACCAUGCUUUAGGCAAAACAAAAUUAUUGGUUAAUGGUGAGAUUCAGCAAGCAAUGAAUCAAAUCAAUGCUUAUAAAGCAUAA